CCCCACCCCUCGGCGGAGUUGGCUUUGGGAAGGCGAGAGAAUGCCACAGCCAAACGCGACGAUUGACCGCGCACACCACGAGCGGCGGGGUAGCACAAGCGCACGUCGCCAGCUCAGUGGGAGCGUGAAGGAAACCCUGCACCGUCAUAUACCCACGAGGUAUGCCAACCAGUGUGAUCUCAUCGGAUCCACGCUGGAUCGGGAUCAGGACCAGCUGACAUGAUGAGCUGAAACAUUACGCGCAAGAGAGGCGCCAAGGGCAACCGUCUCCGCUGACCUCUGUGGAAACAAUCCUCGCGCUAUUAACGAUCGUCCGCCGAAGGUCCAUGAAGAAUGUGAGCGUGCGCGGAUCGCUCCGAGUGGGCUGGAUGAAGCCCUCGGCGGUGUCAUGCGUCUUGCCCCGCAGCCCAGCGCGCUGGUGAUCAUCGUUGCGCUCCUGCUUUGCACGGAGGCGAUUACCUCCCCGCUGCUGUCGUCGGGCUGCCCGGACCGGUGCGUGUGCGACGAGCAGCUGGUGGUUCAAUGCGCCGGGCAGCAUUUGAGCGACUUCCCCGCGGACCUGCCGCUGGCCACCCGGCAGCUCAUCAUCUCCAACAACUUGAUCGCGGAAUUGCCGCCGCUCACGCUCAACUACCUCUCAGAUCUCGUCUACUUGGACUGCAGCAACAAUUCCUUGAUUGAGAUCUCCCAGUCCACAUUUGGGAAUCUCAGGAAGUUGGCGUACCUUGACCUCUCCUUCAACAGCCUCGCCCGGAUCGAGGACAGGACUUUCGUCCCGCUGGAAAGUUUGGUCAUGCUGAGGAUGACGGACAACCCGUUUCUGUGGGAGAUCCACCAGGACGCCUUUGCAGAAAACCUGGCCCUUCAGGUGCUCGACGUGAGCCGGAACAACUUAACGGUGCUUAACAUCAGCUCCUUGAUUUCACUACCUGCCCUGCGCUCGGUGGGCCUCAGUGGCAACCCGUGGAGCUGCGAGUGCGGCAGCGAGGAACUCUGUCUGUGGGUCCACUUGGAGGGCUUCAAGUUCCAAGAUGAGGGCCAGACCGUGUGCGGUUCCCCAGACAACCUGGAGGGCCGUCGUCUCGGCGAGGUGGGCCUGGAACUACGGACAUUGUGCCACCACACUUUAGGUUCCUGGGACUAUCUUUUCUUCGUCAUCAUCGGCUUUGUCAUUUUCGCUGCCGGCACCGUGUUGGCCUGGUUCAUGGGGGUCAUCAUGGUGCUUUACGAGCGCUACAUAAAGAAGGAAGAUGAGCAGCUGGAACUGGACGAUGAAGAGGAAGUGGCCACGGAGUCAGGGCGGCCCACACGGGCCACGAGUGACCAUGAGAACAUUUUGUUAAAACACACUGUUUAGGUGUCCGCUUCACCUUGGGCACUUUGGAUUCUCAUAGUGCCUCCCGUUUGCUUCCAGGAUUUCCGGGAUGUCCUUCUACAUUGAACUCUCAUAAGAGAGAUGGAACCGGCUCCAAGCACAUAAUGGAGGUUAUGGUGGACCAUGUAUGAAAAGCAUGACUUAUUCUUGUCUCGUUUGACUGGGUCAAGAGGUCAGUCAGGAUAACUGUGAAGACGGUGGGCCCGAUUUUCAUAGACAGAUACAACGCUGUUGUUGGGAGUAUGCUGCAUUCUUAAAAUUACUGGGUCAAAAGUAACCCAAAUUGGGUGAAAAUGCUGACCCAGUGCUGGGUCCAAAAAGAACCAAGCCAAUGUUGGGUUAUUUCUACCCAGUGUAUUGGGUUGAAGAUUUGACCCAGCAUGUAAGGUCAAGAUUUGGAUAAAAAAAAAACCUACCCAUUCUGAUGCGGUACAGGAACCAGGAAAUGGGUUACCAGGUUAGCUAAUAUGGCUAGCUAAAUUUAUUAGCAACAUUUUCUAAGGAGAAGAAGCCACUUUCCUCUGCCAGCAACUCUAUCGCAUGUUGUUUUGUCACCGUUUAUACACAAGAUGCCCUUGCUUACGCACACCUACUCACUUUUUGAGGGUGGGCUGUCUGGCUCGAGCGCAAUUGGAAUCCUGUUUUCAAAGAAUGUCACAUUCAAAUUACUUCAACUUUAGGACACAAGAAAACUCUCAAAAAUAGUGAUCAGACAGCCUAGAACAGGAUCUUCAAUCCAAUCUGGUGGGUCAAAGGAAUUAACCCAAUCUUGGGGUAUAAGUAAGCUCAUCUGCUCAAACUCGCCAGCUAUCUAGCGAGUGGGUUAGCAAACAACCGAAAUAUUUUUUUUUCACAUGUAAUUACUCAUCAUUUGAGUGUUUGAUGGGUACUACAUUGCAAAUGUUGACAGAAGUUCAGCAGAAGUCAAUUUCACUACAGGGCUAAAUAUCGCGACACUUGUGUAACUAUUCAUACAGUUUCGAGGUUACUAAAGUUACAAAUAAAUUCUCAAGUAGUAAAAGUCAAGUGUUAAGGGUACAUAAGUGUUGAGGGUAUCACUGCAGUGACGGUUUAAAAAAAUAAAAAGUCACUUGUAUGAUGGUUAAAAAAAACCCAAACAUUCAUUGUUAUGUAAUAAGCCACAGGCAAACUUCAUCUCUAUGUAUCCUUGACCUGUUAAUCGUCUCUUAAAAGAGGCGGCACAUCAUCUUUAAGAUGAAGCAACUGAUGAAAUGAAUUGCUAAUACAAUACAGUUUGCUGUAACAAGCGCUAACUCAAAGCUGUUGUCUUUUAUUAUGCAAAACUGAUCCGUGACGUUCAUUGAUUUAUUAAAAAGCAUUUGCUGAGUGAACUCA